ACAAAAUGGCGGCACAGGGGAAGAAGAAGCAGAAGAUGAAGGGCACUAAGAUGGCCCUGACCGAUUUCUUGUCGGAUGACAAGAUCGGCAAUCAGGACUCAGGUGGAGGCUCCAACAGUUAUGGAAGUGGAAGUUACGGAGGCCGGGAUUCAAGAGGUUACGGUGGAAAGGUGGAUUGGGCUGCAGAGAUGGACUCCUUGUCUAUGGAUGACAUGGGUGACAUGGAGUAUGUUAAGCCAAUGAUUGACCGAUCCAAGCUACCGACAGCCCCAAAAGCUUCACGAGGACCAGAUGUAGACAUGUCCAAAGUCCCCACAAAUCCUCCAUUUACUGCCUUCAUAGGAAACCUGCCAUACGAGGCAUCGGAAAUGAGUAUAGAAGAUUUUUUUCAAAAAUUAAAUGUCGUAAAUGUACGGCUUCCCAAUGAUGGAGGACGCCUGCGGGGAUUUGGAUACGUAGAAUUUGCUGACAGACAGUCCCUUAUUGAUGCAUUGGCUAUGAAUGAGGAGACCAUGGGUGGACGCCAAAUACGUGUAGAUUUAGCAGGACAAAAUCAACAAAAUGAUAGAGGUGGUGGUGACAGAGGUGGGUUUGACAAACGAGAGAAUGAUGGCCCAGACCGGACAGACAGUGACUGGAGACGGCGAGACCCUCACCAAGACCAUGCACCUAACACUGCUGAUUCUGAGCGGAGUGGUGGACCGAACAGGUGGGGAAGUAAUCGAGAUGACAGGGGACCACCUUCAAGAGGGGGUUACGAUAAUGAUCGAGGAGGAUAUGACAGAGGCCCAUCAAGAGGAAGUGGUUUCAGCAGAUAUGAGGAGGCACCAAGUAGAGACAGAUAUGAUGAUCGAGGCCCUUCAAGGGGUUAUGAUGAUCGGGGGCCUCAAAGGGGUGGCAGUUAUAACAGAGAUGAUAGAGGACCCUCCAGAGGAUAUGAUCGCUACGAAGACCGUGGUGGUCGGGAUGGUGGUUAUGGAGGUAAUAGAGGCAGAGGUUAUGGGAGAUAUGAUGAUGGCAGAGGUCAUGGAGAUCGAGGCUACGACAGAGAUGGAGGCCGACGUGGCUAUGGAUCGGGUUACCGUAAUGAUGACCGAGGUGGUUAUGAUAACAGGUAUGGGGCCAGCAGAUAUGACCGAAGUAGCCAAGAGCCUAGUCAAGAUGCUCCUAAAGAGAGGCCAAGGCUGAAUUUACAGCCACGUACAAAACCGGUGGAAGAGGUGGCCAAGCCCCAAGUGAAGGCCGUACCUGCAGAAAGCAGGUCAGCUUCUAUAUUUGGGAGUGCCAAACCUGUAGACACAGCAGCUAAGGAACGAGAAAUUGAAGAACGUCUAAAGAAGAAAGAAGAAGAAUACCGUAGAGGGUAUGAUGAUGAGAAGGAAAACAGGAACUAUCACAACAACUCCCAGUCUGUUAGUCACAGUGGGCCGGCGAGGACACGACAUGAUUCUACAGAGAAAAUGGAGGGGCGACAACGGCGACUGAGUAGUGGAAGUAGUGGUAAAGGCCGGCCUGGUCCCCACCCUAUCACAUCUCCAUCAAGGUCACGACGGGACAGCGAGAUCUCAAAUAACUCAGCCGAAGUGUUUUCUGGGGGCGAGGAUAGUAAGGACACUCCAAAAAGUCCUGUGUCCACCACACAGCGUGAGGAUGUGAAAUUGGUGCCUGCCCCACCACCCUCUGUAAACAUCUGGGAGAAACGGAAAACAGAUGGUCCACAUACAACCACAUCACCUCCGAAGAGUGAAUCUAAGUCAGCACCACCACAACAGACAGAGGCAUCACAACCAGCUCCUUCAGCUUGGGGGAGAGGUCGCCGCAUGGACGGACAUGCAGAAGAUGCUCCAAGUAGUAAUGCAUGGGCAAAGAGAUCACAUGACAAACCAAAUGAACACCAUCGGCCAGCAGGACGAGGGGGGAAUGCAUGGGGACGAGGGGGCAAGUCACAUCCGAGAGAAAAAGUGCUCCCCAAAUCAAUAGAAGAUAUGCCUAAACUUGAAAACAAGUCCAAACAGGAUUGGAGUGACAAAAACAAGUUUUCCAGUCUCCUUGAAGACGAAGAUGACUUCUAGAUACAAAGAAGACAUGGUCAUGUGACAGUCACAUGACUGCCAUGUGGCUCUGUAAUUCUAAGCUCAUUUGUGAAGAUUUCUAUUUGUCUCACAUAUAUCAAUUAAUUGCAAUAUCUGCCCUUUUUCAAAUGGCUUAAUUUAUACAUGGGAAUGAGAAUCAUUGUUCUUGAUUUUUUGCCUAAAAGGAGUUCAGCAUUUUGUUUGUCCGACCGUCCUCACCACAGUUACUGUUAACGUGGACAUUGCACAUUGCACUGUGUAUCAUCAUGGGUUUUUUUCUUGAGCAUGUAUAAGCGACAACAUCGUCGGACGCUAUUCAUUAAAGUUCAUUUUUAUUGUUGAAAAGAUGUUUGUUCAUUUGAACAAUAAAUGCCAUGAGGGGAGAUGUUUUUUUUUUUUAAUUUAAGUUGAAGGGACAAGAAGUACAAACUUAUGUCCAUUUUAGGGGCAUGCUCUUUCUCCAUUUUUAUAGGGUAAUUUAUACCGGAUAUAUGUGGACAUUUGUUACUGCCAGAGGUUUCUGUGGUUAAAUAUGAUAGAAAGUCUGAUAUUAAGAUAGUUCACUCACUAUUUCGUGAUGAAAUAUGAAACAGAUAUGAAUAACUCUUUUUAAGCAAUCUGUACACCUAAGGAUAGAUUUGUUGCAUCCUAUCAGUGAGAGUGAAUCAAUGACCAGAUUUGGCCAAUACCUUAUACAUGUACUAUUUUCCAGUGUUGUUAAUAGGAAAUGAUAUGUUGAAAAGAACUUUAAGAUAAAGUUUGAAGUUAGAAAUGGUCAGUAUUGCACUUCUACUCUGUUUGGAUGUCUGACAUUGUGAUGGAUUCUUGAUUGACAUGUGUGAUAAUGGAAAUGGAGUGCUUCAUAUUUCCAUCGUCAGAUAUUGUGAUAAAAUCUCUAAACUCCAUGGGAAAUAUAAAAAUAUUGGACGUAGGACUGGCUUAGGGCAGUACAGUGUUAAACACCACACAACCCAGACAGAAAUAUUUCUUGUUGUUUAACUCUGGAAUUCAUUUUUAAUACAAACGUGUGUUGCUUAUUUCUAUGGUGCAUGGCUUUUUGAAAGGAGCCGAACAUCAGUCGAGAGAUGGCUAUAAUGUCAGUGUUUAAACUGACCUGGUUACCUCUGACUAGUUAUGUGUUAAUUCUUUGUUAACUUUUGUGAUGUAAGUGGUCACCACAAACUGACACCGGUACUUUUAAGGAUUAGGUGUGAAUCUGAUGACAUUGGGAUUUAGAAAUUAAAUUUUUUUUUUCUAUUUAGUUUCAAACUUCAGUCUUUUUCUGGACAUACCCAUUUAAGACAAUUAUGUUAGAUAAUGGUUGUCAUUACAAAACAACCAGGCUAUCAUUAUACAGGUAUAGAUAUAUAAUCUUUUCACAGACUUUGUGAAUUUCCUGAAAUGUUGCCCACACAUGGGGGCUGGAUUAUUAAACAUUGUUGUCAUGCUUCAUUGAUCAAUGAACAUGACAUGUAAAUGUAUUUAUAUUAUGUUCUGAUUGAACACUGAACUUGACAUAAACAUGUAUCUUCUUGUGUUCUUUAAACUUUUUAUAAUCCCGAUUGUGGUUUAUGAGUACCGGCAAGACUGUGUAUGGGUGUGCUGUUUUCCAAGGUUUAAUUUUUUGAGAGUUUAUUUAGCAUUGUGUAUAUUUGUGUGCAUCUUAAAAAGUGACUUGGCUGCAUUUGAAAUAGAUGGAUCAGGGAUUUUUCAUUUUUGAAGAUUUAUACAUGUUUAUACAUGUUAUGAACACAAGGCUUGCAUUGCUUAACUUUACUUUUCAUUGGUGCAACAGUGCUCCUGUUUUUCUAUUAUCAAUGAUAAAAAAUCUUGAAACAAUAAUAUUGUGAAAAAAAAUUUUUUUCGGAGGAAGAGGAACUAUACAAAAUUCUAAGUCACAUUGAAUAUAUUCUGAUGCAUCAGACUUAAUGUCAAAACUAUAUUCAUUUGUAAUCAUUCACUAAAUUUAUUUUUUUUCAAUGUUGAAAUGUGAAAGCAUAUCAGUAUAGUUGGAUAUAAGUUUCCCAUUUUACACAUUUUCAUUAGUGAUUGUACCGGUCAGGAUACGUGUAAUUUGCAUACUGAUUAACAGUUCAGUAAUUCAAAAACUAGUUUACAUUUAUUCAUUUCUUGUAUAUAUCCAUUCAUGUUACUGUCCCAGUCAUCUGCUGUAUAGCAGGAGGUUUUAUUUCUUCCCGAUCGGUGAGAUGCCCAAACUGUACAUAUGUGUAAACGAUCGUGUUCAGCAUCUUGACAUCAUGAUUAAAUCUUUUGCAUUGUAAAUAAUGCCACCCGAUAUUGGGUCUUGAAUCAAUUUAAUAAAAUAUUCCAAACUAUACAUUUAAA